UGGGAGUUCAUUCAACUCUGCUCCUUUAUUCAGAGGUUUGACCAUCUGUUUUUGAAAGCAACCCUUCGAACAUAGAGCAUUUCGAUUGGAGGAGAAUCACAUUUAUGCUCUCUAUUUCCAUAUCGAAAAAUUUUCCAAGUUGACGUUGAAUGGCGACUAAAUAAAGUGGUUCACUUAAUCCGAUCAAUUUGGUGUACCACGAGGAAAAUGACAGUGGUCGUGUAAUUUACAUAGUCUAAAGUACAAACAAACUGUGUAGUGAAUAAUUAUGUGACUGAAUGUAAAGGGGUACCAUAAAAAAAAGAUGUUUCAUUACGAAUAUGAGAAACGGCUGUUGAAGUCAAACAGUGAGAGCCAUAUAGAUAGUCUGGCUGGUUCUGGACUCCAUUCAUCGGCAUAUUUUUCGCCAAGUAAAAUGAUGAAUAAUAGUUUCGAUCGGUUCAUACCAACACGAUCAGGCAAUAAUUGGCAGACAACUUUUUCAAUGAUAUCAGAGAAUAGUCGAAAUGGUAUAGUCACGAAAAAAACUCGCGAAAAUGGGGAAAGCAAUCGCGAUGGAAUUGCUUACUCGUGUUUACUGAAAAAUGAAUUACUUGGAGCAAGUAUAGAAGAUGUUAAAGGACAAUGCGAAGAGCGAAGAAUCUUAUCACCAUUAGUUACCAAAAAUCUCUUCAAGUAUGUUACACCCACGAAAGACCACACAUUACUUGAUCAGAGUUCACCUUAUUCAUUAUCACCAUUAAGUUCUAAAAGUCAGAAGCUCCUGAGGUCACCAAGAAAGGCAACAAGAAAGAUUUCCAGAAUACCUUUCAAAGUGCUUGAUGCACCAGAACUGCAAGAUGAUUUUUAUUUAAAUCUUGUUGAUUGGUCAUCUCAAAAUGUUCUUAGCGUUGGCUUAGGUAGUUGUGUCUACUUGUGGUCUGCCUGUACCAGUCAGGUGACUAGACUGUGCGACUUGUCCAGUGAUGGUAAUAGUGUAACAUCAGUUGCUUGGAAUGAAAGAGGAAAUUUGGUUGCAGUUGGUACUCAUUUAGGGUACAUUCAAGUAUGGGAUGUAGCUGUGAGUAAACAAGUAAGCAAGCUACAAGGACAUAGUGCAAGAGUUGGAGCAUUGGCUUGGAAUGGUGAAGUUUUAUCAUCUGGCAGCAGAGACAGGUUAAUAUUGCAACGAGAUGUUAGAACUCCUUGUGUCGUCAGUGAAAGACGUUUGGGAGCACACAGGCAAGAAGUUUGUGGAUUAAAAUGGUCUCCAGAUAAUCAGUAUUUAGCCUCUGGUGGCAAUGACAAUCGUCUUUAUGUGUGGAACUUACAUUCUCUCUCACCAGUACAAACAUACACGGAACAUCUGGCUGCAGUUAAAGCUAUUGCGUGGUCUCCACAUCAUCAUGGUCUAUUAGCCUCUGGAGGUGGUACAGCAGAUAGAUGCAUCAGAUUUUGGAAUACAUUAACUGGUCAACCAAUGCAGUGCGUUGAUACUGGUUCUCAAGUUUGCAAUUUGGCUUGGAGUAAGCACAGCUCAGAACUAGUCAGUACACAUGGCUAUUCCCAGAAUCAAAUUUUGGUUUGGAAAUAUCCAAGUUUAACACAAGUUGCAAAAUUAACAGGACAUUCUUAUAGAGUUUUAUAUUUAGCAAUGUCACCAGAUGGUGAAGCUAUUGUAACUGGUGCUGGGGAUGAAACUUUGCGUUUUUGGAAUGUGUUCAGCAAAGCACGUAGUCAAAAAGAGAAUAAGUCUGUGCUGAACCUUUUUACUAGCAUUCGAUAAAUUUAUAUAAAUAAAUAAUAGGUUUAUGUGUAAUACACAUACAUACAUUCACUUAUACAUGUACAUAUAUACAUACAUAAUAUUACAAAUAAAAAUGUGUAUAUAUGUGCAUAUAUGCGUGCACGCACACAUACAUAAAUGAAAACAUAGUAUUCUGGAAAUUUACAUUAUGUGCAACAUAUAUAACAUAUAUAUAUAUACACAUACGUACACACAAAAUAAUUUACAAAUGUUUAGUUGCAAAUAAGGAU